GUCGAUCGAAAUUCUGUUAAACCUUUACGAAUUCUCGUUCGUUUGCCCAACAUAUCUAAUUAUCCUUUCACACGAAAUUAAUUGAAAAAAGCAUCAUGGGAACAUCCUGAAGUUUCAUGUGUAUAAAUAAACCAAUCAAUGGCGAAACUAGCCAAUUAGUAACAACCUUUUCUUGCUGGGAACUUUCGUUUUCCCUCUUAACCCCAAACUUUAAUCCCAUUUUCUUGUUCAUGAUUUUUAAACAUCCCGCUUAAAUCUCGUUAAAAUUGUUUCCCCCAUCAUGGGUGAUACUUUGGACGAGCGUUCCCUUCAUCAGCACGGAAAUUUAACUGUAAAAGGUUUUGGAAAAACUAACUUGGCGUGUGGCGAUGAGGCGUCCAAUAAACUAGAGUUGACACUGGAUGGUAAAAUGUUCAGUUGCGAUGCACCAUCAGCAACUCAUCGUCCAUCGAUGUUGACAGUUCCAAGAACUACUGAAGAUCUUCCCCAUGAAGGAGCCAGCUCAUUUGCACUGGUACAGCAUUCGGUUGAAGAUACGAAGGAUGAGAUCCCGGAAAACGUGACUUCUGAGGAGUGCGCGGAAUCGUCGCUACAGUCAAACAAAGAGAUUAGCGGGAACUUGACAGAUCAGUUCCCUGCAGAAAACUCGACCCCCAGCAAUGACGCAGAAAUUCUACCAAUUUGUGUUCCGGACAACACACAGUCAACUGACGUACGAUCGUCUCAGGAUACCGCGGAAACCAAGCAAGGUUCAGAAAGCGAAGGUCAAAUUCGGCAAGUUAGCGACUCCAAGAAGCAUUUGGCUUCGUCUGAGGAUUCCUCGAUGGGGAAACAUGUCGUAGAAAAUAUCCUCGAAGUUCCGAUUCAAGUCUGUGAGUAACAAUAGUCC